CGUCUUCGGCUUGAUAAUGCCCAUCCGUGUGCUACUGCUCUCUCCCCUCUCAGCCGUAUUAUCUUCCUCCUCCUUGAAAGCUUCUCUCUCUCUCUCUCUCUCUCUCUCUAAAACACUUCUAUUUAUUUAUACAAAUUACAAUCUGAGAGGCUCUGUAUGUAAAUUGCAUGCAUGGCCACCUUCACCUUUCUGCUCCUUUGCGCUACUCUCUCCGCUAUCAUUUUCUUCUUCCUGUUCCGUGCCUCCCGGUGCCGGAGGUUGAGGCUGCCACCUGGUAACCUUGGCCUCCCGUUUAUUGGGGAGACUCUACAACUCAUUUCUGCUUACAAGACCGAGAAUCCUGAACCUUUCAUAGACGAGCGUGUGAACCGGUUCGGACCCAUUUUCACGACUCACGUUUUCGGCGAACCGACGGUGUUCUCCGCGGAUCCAGAGACGAACCGCUUUAUCUUGCUGAACGAAGGGAAGCUGUUCGAGUCUAGCUACCCGGCCUCGAUAUCGAACUUGCUGGGAAGGUACUCUUUGUUGCUCAUGAGGGGUGGCCUUCACAAAAGAUUGCAUUCCCUCACCAUGAGCUUCGCCAACUCGUCCAUCAUUAAGGAAAAUCUUUUGGUUGAUAUAGACCGGUUGAUCCGGCUCAACUUGGAUUCUUGGACCGGAAAGGUAUUUCUCAUGGAGGAGGCCAAGAAGAUAACUUUUGAAUUGAUGGUGAAGCAGUUGAUGAGCUUUGAUCCAGGGUCGACAUGGACAGAAAGUCUGAGGAAGGAGUACGUGCUCGUCAUUGAAGGUUUCUUCACCGUUUCGUUGCCUGUCUUCUCGACCACCUACCGCAGAGCCAUCAAAGCUAGAACUAAAGUGGCAGAAGCAUUAAGCUUGAUAGUGACGGAAAGAAGGAAAGAGAUUGAAGCGGGAGAGAGAAAGAACGACAUGUUGGGAGCCCUAUUGGCCGGGGACGACGAAUUCUCCGAGGAGCAGAUUGUAGAUUUCUUACUGGCUCUUCUCGUCGCCGGCUAUGAAACAACCUCUAUUAUAAUGACUCUUGCCGUCAAGUUCCUCACCGAGACACCUCUUGCUCUAGCUCAGCUCAAGGAGGAGCACGAUCAAAUCAGAGGAAAGAAGAGUGAGAACGAGGCUCUUGAAUGGAGUGAUUACAAGUCUAUGCCUUUCACUCAAAAUGUUAUAAAUGAGACUCUGCGGGUCGCAAACAUAAUUGGUGGUGUAUUCAGGAGAGCAAUGACAGACGUUCAUAUAAAGGGUUACACAAUUCCCAAAGGAUGGAAGGUUUUUGCAUCUUUUCGUGCUGUACAUUUGGAUCAGGACCACUUCAAAGAUGCUCGCUCUUUCAAUCCAUGGAGGUGGCAGGACAACUCGGGGGCAGCAAGCGCAGGAAAUGUGUUCACGCCAUUUGGAGGAGGGCCACGGCUGUGCCCUGGUUAUGAGCUUGCUAGAGUGGAGCUCUCCGUUUUUCUUCACCACCUAGUCACUCGUUUGAGUUGGGUUCCUGCUGAAGAGGAUAAGUUGGUUUUCUUCCCAACCACCCGGACGCAGAAGCGAUAUCCCAUCAAUGUGAAGCGUCGAGGUGUGUCUAAGCUUUGUAAAGACUGAAGACCGAGAUAUGAAAGAGAGUCAAUAUGUAAAAGAGGUGAAAUCCCUUUCGUGUCAGUAAUAAUAAAAUCAAGAUAUUAGCUGAGUAGCGGAUGUAAAUUAAUCUUGUUCAAAUGUUUAGAGCAUCUAGGACGCAGGCGGCAGGUAUCGAUGGUUAUAUUUUAAUUUCUUUACAUACAACCAAGCAACGUUUGGGAAGUGAGCUAUAUAUAUAAUAUAUGUGGAUAUGUGGACAUAUUUCACAUCUGGCCUUUCGGGAGAGGAACAAAAAAAGAAAAGAAAAAAUCAGGCCCAGUAAAAGAGGAAAAAGAAAAUCAGUGCCUAUCAUGCAUGGCCCAGAAAGGGGAAUUGUGGUGGGGGUUAUAUAGAUUGCGUGAGUCUUCACAUUUCUUCAACAGGGGGACCUGAAAACAUCAUUAGUUCGCAAAUUAUGUUUUAUGAACAAUGAGUACUGAAUCAGCGCUGAUGUUCUCGAUCCCAAGAAGCGCGUGACGAAAUACCACGUUAAUCAUGAACUCUUUUUUACCAAGGCAAAGUGCAGGUGGCGUACAGUGCUCGUGCGCAACUAUUUCAAGUUUCAACACCCCUUGGUCUCCUCUUUCGACAAUGCUUGUUGCUAUGCUUUUGAUCCUCCUCUUUUUACGAACUCUGUACAUGACCAUAAUUAAAUAAGUAGGAUUGAAUGUAACUUUAUCAAACUUGCUAAACAA